GUUAGGUGAAGCAGCGCCUCCAGAUUGAAGCAGGUGUCCAACAUGGCGAUCACGGGCAGCGGAUCUCUCUGUGCGUCUCUCUUUUUAUCCCUUGUCUCGGCAGCUUUUCUUCUCAAAGUCCAAAGCCAGAAUCUGGUGACAGAUAAUGUAUCCGUGGUGGAGGGGGAUGUUGCCACCAUCAGCUGCAGAGUCAAGAACAACGACGACUCUGUCAUCCAGCUUCUCAACCCCAACAGACAGACCAUCUACUUCAAAGACCUCAGGCCCUUGAAGGACAGCCGGUUUCAGCUGGUCAACUUCUCGGACAAUGAGCUGCGGGUGUCGCUCUCCAACGUCUCGCUGUCGGACGAGGGGCGGUACGUGUGCCAGCUGUACACUGACCCCCCCCAAGAAGCCUACGCCGACAUCACCGUGCUGGUCCCACCAGACAAUCCCAUCAUGAAAUCCCGAGAGGACAUCGUUAGCGAAGGAAACGAGACAGAGAUAACGUGCAUCGCCACAGGCAGCAAGCCCGCCUCCACCAUCCGAUGGAUGAAGGGGGACAAGGAGCUGCAAGGCAAGUCAGAAGUGCAGCACACCUAUGACAGGAUGUUCACCGUCAUCAGCCGGCUGAUGCUAACAGUCACAAGAGAAGACGACGGCAUUCCGGUGGUGUGCAUCGUGGACCACCCGGCCGUGAAGGACCUGCAGGCACAGAAGUUCCUUGAGGUGCAGUACAAACCAGAGGUGAAGAUUGUAGUGGAGUUUCCAGAAGGUCUGACAAGGGAAGGAGAAAAUCUUGAGUUGACAUGUCAAGCCAAAGGCAAGCCCCAGCCCCAGCAAAUCAACUGGGUGAAGGUUGACGAUGAUGUCCCCUCGCAUGCUGUGAUAACGGGAACAGAUCUGUUAAUCGAAAAUCUCAACAAGUCUUACAACGGGACGUAUCGCUGCGUGGCGUCCAACUCGGUUGGCGAGUCCUACGACGAUUACAUCCUCUAUGUUUACGAUGUUCUCACCACCACCUCUAUACCCACCACCACUACCACCACUACCACCACCACCAUCCUAGAACCCGCACAAGACUCCGCGUCCAGCACAGAACCAGCGGCUCACGAUUCCAGAGCAGGUGAAGGAACCUCACCGUCGGUGGACCACGCAGUCAUCGGAGGUGUCGUUGCAGUUGUGGUGUUCGCCAUGCUGUGUCUACUCAUCGUCUUGGGUCGGUACUUCGCGAGACACAAAGGCACCUACUUCACACACGAAGCAAAAGGAGCAGACGACGCGGCGGAUGCCGACACGGCCAUCAUCAACGCCGAAGGAGGCCACAACAACUCUGAUGAGAAGAAGGAGUACUACAUCUAAUCCUUUGGGCUGGGGGUGUUGCACCCCAGGCAUGGGGCCACUUUUGGUUGGGGGGAGGGAUGGGGUAGGGUGGGGGAGGGUCAAAGACAUGGGCUUGGGUAGAAUUAGGUACGAAGGGAUGGGCUGGAUGUGGGGAGCAGCAUUCUGGGGUUGAAGGAUGUUCAAUCCGACAUGUGCAGCUUAGGAGGAGCAGAGAUUAGGAAUGCGUGACCCGGUGGAGGUGUAGUGGGGUAGGAAGAGCACAGGAGGGACAUUGCCAGAAAUCACUGUAGCGAGCUUCACCAUUAGACACCUCCCAAACUGCUGGUACUAAUUUUGUUCGGUUCAACCAUUUUGCAGACAAUUCUGUGCCUUGUUCAGAUUUUUGUUUUUUUACUUUUUGUUAAUACAUUUUCUUUAAUAUAUUUUUUAUUUUCCAGUAUGCAACCACGUAAUGCCCAACCCAGCGUACACACUUCUUCCCCACAGCUUUCCCUUUUUUAGCCUUGUUUUGUUAGCAUUCCUGUUCGGCUAAAAAUCACACAAAAAUCACACCCAGCACCUCUGUGCAUUUGUCCUGUUGUUAAAAUGAUAGCUUCUCUCCUGCAUACCAAAAUCUCAACAAUGUAUUUCUUCUAUACUGUGAGUUGGCCUUGUAAGUACAAGCUGCUUCUACAUUGCAGACCCCUUAACAAUUUCAGAAACCAGAGGACUUAAGUUUAUGUAAGAUGCUUCUUUGUAUGCUGUUGUCAACGUGAAAGACAGGCGUGAAAAGUCAGACUUAAAACACUGACAAAAAAUCUUUGCAAGUGGACAGUAGAGGAGAACUGAUCUUAAUUGUACUGUUUGUUUUCAGGCCCAUUUAAUUGAUCUUUUUUCCACUUUAUUUUUUCACAAACGAGAUAUGCCAGUAAACUGAACAUGGACAACCCAACAAUAGACUAGUUGAGCGCGCGCACACACACACACACACACACAACUCAAUUGCCAUUGGAGUGGCAUUUUCAGUUGUUGUUUUACGUUCGCUUUAGCGUUGAAGCUGUUAACACCGGGAGCUAUUGUCUGCUCCUGUUUGCUGUCCUGUGUCUGUAAGAACAGUUUUGAAUUGUUAUUUUUUAAACAAACCCUCUACUUUUUUCAGCUUGCAUCCCUUUCUGUCCUAAGCAUCCAUGUUCUUUCUGUUUGCAAAUGACAAACUUCCUCAGCAGAGCUUUGAGCAGGAACUGCUACUCAAUGAUUUGGAUUUCCCUAUGAUCCCGAGGGGGAAAAUGUCCAGGAGGAAUAAGAAAACAGUACCUUACGCAGGUUUAGAUACUUGAAACAGUAAAACGAAGAAACAAUGUGCUAACAAACUUUUGGUGGCACUGCUGUGAAUUACACACACAUUCAUAAAAUUGACAGAUUUAAAAGCGGUAACAGAAUAGACAAAAAUAAACGUCACGUCGAAAAUUAUUAUGUCUUCAUACUCAUUUUGAAUACUUCUGUCCUAUGGAGAAGGAUCUUUCUUUUCAAUAUACAAUUUCAAAAAACAGGUUUAGAAAAAUGCCAUUGAUUUGAAAUGUUUCUUAUACUAGAAGAGCCAUAACACCGAAUUUGAAAUGGACACAAAAUACCUGUUGCAGCUACUAUACAUGUUUACCUUCUAAAUCAGUUGCCAAAAGGGUGUAAUGUAUGUUAACAUGGUAGAAAUGGCAAAGAAAAUACCUUUAUAUACGUAACUUGAGUAUUUCCACUGUAGCCAGUGUCUCGAAAGCACAUUUCGGUCGUUACAGUAGCUACAAGGAGCUUCAGCUGCCUCUCAUUGUUCAGACAAACUUUGUUUCAUUUCUUUCCUUCAUGUUUCAAAGAUGCUCAGUAAAAACUGUUCUUUGGUUCUAUUUUGUGACGCCUAUUUGUCUUGUGUACUUCCACUCCAUAUUACUGUACUGAAAUAGAGAAUAAGUGUAAUGUCAAAAGACGACUAGCCCGCAACAGAUUUAUCAUGUUGAAGAUUUCCAUCACAUUAUAAUACAAAGCAUAUGUUUAAUUGUGAAAUAGUGUAGAACCAAGGCCUUAAACCCACUUCCCAUGUCCUUGUGUGCACUAUGGGACUUGUAGUCGCUUUACCGCAGCUGUAGAAAUGUGGCUGUGUGUGUGGUUCGGUGUGUGCACACGUCUUCGCCACUUUUCACAUCAUCUGCAUCCAGUUUCCCCUGAACAGUAAGGGGUGGAACGGAACAUGUGUAACGUCUUUGAGUGACUCAAGCAGAAGAGAGGGAAUUGAUAAAGCCCAUAUUAGGAGAAAUUUGGCACCUUUCUUUCCAUGUUUUUUUUUUUUUUUUUGUCCCCACCCAUUUUGCUAUGCUCUACUGCAUUUCAACAUUCCCAGUGAAUCUAGAAAAUUCUGUCGGGACCAUUCUGCAAAGCCCCUCUGGCACCAUCCUACUUCCGUGAAUGUUACACAGGGAUCAAUAUGUGUUUUAAAAAAAAAAAAAAGAAAAAGAGCGAGAUGUCUUUAUAUAUUUACUUUGGUUUUGUAAAUGUAUUCUUUUGAAUUGGACUAGACACUGACACUAACAUUCAUGGCGAUGUCGAGGGCGUUUUAGCGGGACAACGCGUUUUGAAGGCUAAGAACCCUCUUGGCCUGGGGAGGAUGGUGAAACGUCAGGUUAGGUGUGACAUGAUGCUUAUGCUCUAUUGUAGGAACCACGUCUUGGUUUUCUCUCUCUUCAUUUGUGAUCUGAAAACAUGUAGAACUGAAGCUACAGAGUUGCAGUACUUUCAAUUAAGAUUUGAGAUGGCGUGACUUGUAUUUAAUAGUGAGCAUUAUUUAGCUUUGGUCAAAAGUGUGGCGGCUUCUAUUUAAACUGGAUACACUGAUUCUUCAUUCACAGCUAAUUGGACGCAUUCUUCUUUUAUGUACGUGAGCAUUACGACACUAUGGACUCAUUCACUGAUGGAUAGACAUUACAGACUGGGCCAAUGUAUAUUUUGUUAUACUUGAUAUGUUGAGACAACUACUAGUGUGUUUAUGUGGUUUUGAUCUAUAACUACUGUCAGCGCCUCACAAUCGGAUGUACUUUAAACAAGGAGGAAUAAAAUUUAUUCCAGCAUAAUUUACUCCACUGUUACACAAUGGAACACCUCAAUAUUAUCAUUGCACAAAGAGCAGAAUAAAACCAUUGUUAUGGGGAAAAAACGAGGUGUCUGCAAAUAGGUUUUCAGUUUAAUUUCGUUUAGUUGCUACGUUUGUUGUUGGAAGUUCAUUCAUUCUUUUUUUUUUUCUUUUUUUUUUCUUUUUAACGCCAUCUAAGUACAAACUUGUUUGCGUGACAGUGUUACUGAAGUAGUUUUUUUUUUUUUUUCUUGCUUUUUUAUUAACACUUUUUGUUCUGCCCUGUCUCAGGUUCAUGGUCAUUGAAUGGUACGUCUUGCAUCUCAGGUAGAAUGCAAAAGUUUAAGCCCACAUGAAAAAUUAUCUUAAAAAGCGAGUAAAUUUGUUUUAAACCAGGAAACAAAAAAAAGGCUAAUUUUGCAUUUUAGCUGUACAUGUUUUAUGUAUUUUCUUAAUAUACAGUGCACUGUAUAAAAUGUGUUAAGUAUUGCUUUGUAUAGACCUAGUUCACAAAGAAAGUGGUCAGUUUGUGAAAAGACACAGGAAAGAGUGAACGUGCUGUGCUACAAUCAGAGUACACAACUUGUGACAGAGGUUUGGUUCGUAACAGUUUCUGUAACUCCCAGGAAGUGUGGUUGUUCAUCACUCAUUGUUUUAGGUUGAUUAUUUUGUCUUUCUGCUGUACUUGGCAAUGUUACUGUGUAUUAAUGAAGAAAAAUAUCCAUAUGUUCCCAUACACAUUUUGUAUUGGUUCAUAAAUAG